AUGUCGACGCAAAAUCAGAAUGAACCCUUCUAUCUUCGCUACUACUCAGGUCACUCUGGGCGGUUCGGACAUGAAUUCUUAGAAUUUGAUUUCCGCUCCCUUGGUGAUGGUCGCAGUGCCGCCGUGCGGUACGCGAACAACUCCAACUACCGCAAUGACUCCCUUAUUCGCAAAGAAAUGUGCGUGAGCUCGUCGAUGAUUCAGGAGAUCAAACGGAUUAUCAAGGAGAGCGAAAUCAUGAAGGAAGACGAUUCCAAGUGGCCCCAGAAGAACAAGGACGGACGACAGGAACUCGAAAUCAGACUUGGGAAUGAACAUAUCUCCUUUGAAACCGCGAAAAUCGGCUCGCUGGUGGAUGUUACCGAGUCUGCGGACCCAGAAGGUCUCCGCGUGUUCUACUACCUUGUCCAGGAUCUUAAAGCUUUCAUUUUCUCUCUGAUUUCUCUUCAUUUCAAGAUCAAGCCUAUCUAA